UACAUGUAAAGGUGUGAGCUCUCGCAUCUGCUUUGACGAAGCUUCCUGCAGCCUUGCAGCCAGACAACUUCUCAACAAACGUCACUUUAAUUACAUUAACUACUUUUUUUUUCUGUUUUUCGGUUCCUCGCCUUAUCUCACUCUAAGCAUACAUUUCAUCUAUCCGAUUUGUCAAGAAGCACUCGCCCAAGAUGUCGAUAACGCCCAUUAUAACGUUCAAGGCCGGCCUCUGCGACGUAGAUGCUUCGACAAGACCUUACAAGGUCAAGCCAUCAGGGCAACCUGGUUAUAUCUACCUCUAUUCCGAAGAUGAUCUACUUCACUUCUGCUGGCGCGAACGAAGCAACCCCGUCGAUGAGCCCGAGUUAGACCUGGUCAUGGUACCCACGGACGGUCAUUUCGUACCCUACGACCCCAAAUCCCAACCUAAAGAGGCCGUCAAGCCCAAAGGCCGCGUUUUCGUCCUCAAGUUCCUUUCCUCCUCUCAGCGCUACCUCUUCUACCUACAAUCGAAACCGCAAGGUCGGAGCGGUAACCCGAACUGGUUCAGCCCUCGCGAUCUCAAGAUAGGCGAGAUCGUCGACAAGCUGCUCCAGGGCGAAGAGGUCAACGUGGUGCGCGAACUGGCCUCGAUUAACAAUAGCGAUAACGACGACCGACACGGCGGUGACGAUAACGAUGAGGCUAUGGAAGGCGUCGAGAGUCACGGCGAUACCAGCGAUCCCCGCGGAGGCAGCGGCGGUGCGGACCCGGGCGCGACCGGCGGCGACGUGCGGAACGAGGGCGAGGGUGCUCGAGAAGGAGGUGCAGAUGGUGGUAGAGCUGCUGCCGCGGGAACGUCGGAUGCUGCUACAGUGGUGAGAAAUUUCUUGGACUCGUUGAAAGGAGGUGCCGGUGCCGGGGGAAGUCAAGGGGAAGGGAAACUCUACCCGCUCCUUUCGGAUCUCCUCACACCACCUGUUACGGUACCUAUGGCCCGGCAAGCUACGGAAGAGCAGGUGGACAAUCUUCUUGACUUCCUACCGCCUUCGGUCCUCGUCCUAUCCCAACAAGCGGACGAAGGAGAUACCACGGCGGAACCCACUGCCGCGGCGAUACAAGCCGCCAAGGAAGCCAUGAGCCUCGGCCAGAAGAAGGCGCUGCUAGAGAAAGUCCUGCGAAGUCCCCAGUUCCACCAGAGCCUGACGAGUCUGACGAUGGCGAUCCGAGACGGCGGCUUGCCCAGUAUCGCGGACGCGCUCUCCGUCCCGGUCGAGAACGGCGGAUACUUGAGGGGAAGCCAGAUGCCGCUAGGGGGCGGCGAUGCGGUGGAGGCGUUCGUGGAGGGCGUCAAGAAGAGUGUGCAGAAGAAGUAAAUAGACCCAUUUGCCUGACUUUGGGUUUGGGGGGCAAUGAGUCGAUACAUUAGGUAUAGGUACCUAAGGCAUCACUCUUGGUGUUUAGAGACUUUGGUUUUCUUUUGCUACCUAGUCUUACGACCGUAAGACAUGGGAUAUUCUUACUUGGCCCAGAUCAGUUUUACAACCUCCCCAUACAGACCUUGAGAGUUCAACUAUCCAUGUGGCUUGAGAAAAG